AUGAAGCUUUCACUUUACCUGACUCUUCUCCUCUCCAUUUUUUGCCAUUGUUCUCCUCUUGUGCUUAGAGAGGAGAUGAACAGGCUCCAAGGCGGUUUUGACAUAUUUAACUUGGCCAUGGAGAAAUGGAUAGCACCACCACCAUUCAAUCAUCUCACGCGAACUGAUCAAUGGCCAUAUGCUGCAUGUAUGAAAAAUGGAUUAGCACCAUGCAAGCAACCUAUACCAAAUUAUUUUACAUUGCACGGUAUAUGGCCGUCAAACAUAGCACCACCUCAUCCAAGUGAAUGCCUACCUGCUUCUUUCGAUUCUAAUAUAAUUGCUAGUCUUGUUCCCGAGCUUUCCACUGCAUGGCCGAGUUUACAUAAAGACAAUGUACAAACGUGGAAGCAUCAAUGGAACAAGCAUGGAGUGUGUUUUCACUUCACCCGAUUUGAAUAUUACAAUUUUUUUUAA